CAGCUGAUCGAGGCUACAACACGGCUAUAUAUAGAGGAGGAAACCCGUGACAGCUCGGCUUCUGUAGAAGAAUUCAUGAUUUACAUGAAAUCUCUUGCUCUUAAAAUACACAACAUAAGAAUUAUGCUUUUGCUUAUUGUCACCGCUCUCGUGGCUUUGGCCAGUGUGACCAGCAUGUCUCUAGAAGACCUGGAGUUCAAUGACUGGAAAUUGAAGUUUGGUAAGACCUAUAAGUCUGUAGAGGAAGAGGAUCAGCGUAAGAUGAUCUGGCUGGAAAAUCGUAAGCUAGUCUUUGCACACAACAUGCUGGAAGACCAGGGCAUUAAGAGCUACAGACUCGGUUUGAACUACUUUGCAGACAUGGAGAACCAGGAAUACAGAAAGGUUGUGUUCAUGGGCUGCCUGAGAUCCUUCAACAGGACCCCGAGACACAAUAGAUUUACGUUCCUCAGAUCGAGUGGUGUUCUGCCAAAAACUGUGGACUGGAGGAAAAAAGGCUAUGUGACUGAGGUUAAAGACCAGAAGGAUUGCGGCUCUUGCUGGGCCUUCAGUGCGACAGGGUCACUGGAAGGUCAGACUCGAAGGAAGACGGGAAAGCUGGUGUCACUGAGUGAGCAGCAGCUAGUGGACUGCUCCAGGGAUUAUGGAAACUAUGGUUGCGGAGGAGGCUGGAUGAACAGCUCCUUUGAAUACAUUAAAGAUAAUAAUGGAAUUGACACAGAGGAGUCCUACCCUUAUGAAGCUACAGAUAAUGAUUGCAGGUUCAAUCCAGACACUGUGGGAGCCACCUGUACUGGCUACAUGAAUGUAAAAAUUGGAGAUGAGAAAGCUCUACAGGAAGCCGUAGCCACUAUUGGACCCAUUUCUGUCGCCAUAGACGCAGGCAACAUAUCCUUUCAGCUCUAUAAAUCUGGCAUCUAUGAUGAGCCUGACUGUAGCAGCACUGACCUGGAUCAUGGUGUAUUGGCUGUUGGUUAUGGAAGGAAACAAAAAAAACUCUACUGGCUGGUCAAGAACAGCUGGGGACUCGACUGGGGUAAUAAAGGUUACAUCAUGAUGUCAAGGAACAAGCGUAAUCAGUGUGGUAUUGCCACUGCAGCCACCUACCCUCUGGUUUAAAGGUGUUACAAAAAGUCAACAUGACAGCAGUUAAAGAUUCUUUUAUAUUUUAAAUGAUAAUGAAUAAAAAAUAAUAUUUUUGUAUCAGAAUUAAUAGCAGAAAUUGCUGGAGAAAAGAAAUCAGUAGAAUUUAUUUCUUACAAUAGUUUUAUUUUAUUUCAUUACUAUAACUUGUGAAUGACAAACUGAAUUUCAAUGCUCUAAAAAGCCUGAUUAUUAUAAGUCAACAUGGUUUAAGUAGUUAAGAUUCGAACCCCUUGGAGACCGACAAUCUGCAUUUAUUGGUACAGUAUGUAUAGGAAUUGCUUAAUUCGAUCUAUUUUAUACUCAAUGUAGUGACAAAUAUCAGCCACUAGUUGGAAAUGAACCUCCUGCCUCCCACAUGUUCUCUGAAUCACAAAGGUCUGAUGUAAGCCUGAUGUAAACAAACAAUAUUUCAAAGCGUAAAAAAAUUAAUGCACAUUGUAGUGUAUUGUUAUUUUCUUAUAUAUACACACACUAUAAUAUAGUAAUUCAUUAAUUAAAAAUUAAAUAUUUUUUCUAACUUUGUUUAUAUUAUUUUUUAUCUUUGUAAUGAAUUAAUCAUGUAAUUCAAGCAAUCAGCUAAUUAGGUGUCUAGUUUUGUUCAUUUAUGUUGUAUGAAGCACAUUGGUCCUGUAGCAACUUGUUUUUUUCAAUGUGUACUGAAAUAUAUAUUGAUGUAAUGACAAUAAAAGCCUACUUGACUUUA